ACCAGCUCCUCACUAAUUGACAAGGCGGCGGAACCAGAAGAGAUUGUGCAAAUGACGCUCGACUCCUCUUGCUUUCGUGAACUGUGCAUAAGAUGAGCCCCACUUUGCAAACUUUGGCUCCAUGCGCGCUUCCUCCUCUCCUUCAUCCAUGGGGGUGACGACCAGCCCGGGGACGCAGCCGCGCACCACCGCACCGGGUCCCUUCGCGGAGGGUAGCCCGAUCCCAGCCGAGGAUCAUUUCCCUAUGUCGGGUGAAGACCCACAGGAGGAGAGUUUGAGUGAAUUCUGCGUGGAGGAAGACGACGAAGGAGAAGAGGAAGAACUUUCCUACUCGGAGCUGUCCUCGGAGGGCUCCGUGGACUACGGCUUCAUCGCCGCCGUCUCCUGCUUGGUGACGGGCAUCUCGCUCGUGGCCAUCUCGUACGUGGUGCCUCGGGACAUGCACGGCCCCGAAAAGGAGGACGGCGUGACUGCGCGCGAGAUGGAGCGGCUCCAGCGGGAGCGAGCGCGGCUGGGCGCGCACCUGGACCGCUGCGUCAUCGCUGGCCUGUGCCUGCUCACACUGGGCGGCGUGCUGCUCUCCAGCCUGCUCAUGGUGUCCAUGUGGAAGGGGGAAACCAUGCGCAGGAGAGCCCUGGCGCACGCAGCCAAGAGCCAGCACAAUCUUUACGGGGCCAUCGGGUGGGGGCACUCGGACCCGGCGGGCACCGAUUUCGCCGCACCUGCUGACGACUCAGCUGAGUUUUAAAAUGGACAAACUUUGUUUUCUAAUGUCCCUUUAAAGACACUGUAUUUUAGUGGGAGUCUGCACUUUAUUAGGUACACCUGGAGAUGUCAUACAAAUUAAAACUGAGUAAUGUAAAGAAAAGAAAAAAACCACUACCACAUUAAUGAACACAUAUUGAAAUUAAUAUUUAAAAGCUGAUUUUGUUUUGUGCAGGUGUACCUAAUGAUUUGACUCGAGAGCAUAUCAAUAUCAAAUGGAGACAAUCCAGUUCCAAAGGUGUUUGAAUUUUGCCAUUUGCAUCAUUCAAGUCCCCCCGUGGAGACUUCAUUGACUCACAAGUCACAGUUGGGUGUCACCAACCUCUGUAAUUAAUUAUUUCUGUCAAUGA